CCUUUGCGUUCGACCUCAUCGGCAUCCACAGCUGUACGUACAGGGAUCGCAGGCUUUGCAGCCUCUCUGAGACUCUUAUCUCCUGGCGUUCUGUUUACAAGUGUAGUUGCUGGAAACGUCUUUUUCAACGGUUGUCCCUAGCCCUCACUCUCCGUCUCACUGAGCGUGUAGCGGAAGUCCUCUUUCAUCCAAGCAAGCGUCCGACGGACGAGUCGAUUGUGGCAUCAACACAGCUACACAGCUACACAGUCCAGGGGACGGUCGGUUCACCGGUGCUAGCUGAAUGCAGCGCUGGCUCAGGACUCAGGUGUUACGCAUGGUGCGAAGCUGCUUGCUAGGAAAUAAUAAUUGUCACAUCCGCCGAAGUACAGAACAGAACAGAGAAGGUCUGUAGGUCCAGCUGAACGCGUACCGCGGUAUUUGUACACCAGUGUACGUAACGUUGUAAAUAUAACGUGUGUUGUCAGUGGCAGAAUUUUUUCUCCUUGGUCCUUGGAGUUGACUAGUACAGUAUAGUAGUGGAGUAGUGCUGGCUAGUGGUGGUGUUGGAGGUUCGGCACGGCUGCUGGUCGUGAUGGCUACGUUCGAGAAGUAUCGCCAGCGCCAAAAGGGCCAGGACAGUACGCUCCUGCUCCAAUCAGCCCUGGUGGAAAGUAAAAACAAUGUCUUGGAGCCAAAGGUUGGCAAUGGAUCUGAGAUUGGACCAUAUUUCGAGGACCUUGCUAGCAAGAUUCAGGAGGAGGAGCUGCAGACGAAACGGCGAAAGCAAGAAAGAUCGGAGAGCGUACAGGCGGCUGCACCGCUACUCAACCUACGCCGUGCGUACGCCCGUGCCAAUGCCAAGGCGGAGAAGUCUGAGGGCACCACCGCUGGUGUAGAUGCAGAGGAUGAGGAGGAGGACGACGGUGAGGAAGAUGUACCAGACAGCGACCUGUCCAGGAAUCCCAGAGACGAACCGUCUGUUUCCGGCCAUGCCCUGGAAGUGGUGUACCGCGAGGCACUUCGCGUCAUCGUGAACCGUGUAGGUGCGUCUGAUACUUCUAACGCCGUGGCCUCGUCCGACAUGUACGCACACUUGCAAGAUGUGUACAGAGUGGGCUCUGACAAACACCAGGAACUGUUUGGCAAAGAGCAAGCAGCGGAGAAACCUGCCUUUCAUGUUCGUGUCAAUGUAGUCGCUGGUCAAGACCUCGAUAGCAUGGAUGAGAAUGGUCUUAGCGAUCCCUAUUGCACUCUGGGCCUUGUGCAUCUCAGCGAGGAGCUGAAGGAUCGGCGCUCGGAUAACAAGAAGCUGAAGAUGGUGACCGAGAUGACAGACAACGUGGUGAGCACCACUGUGCAGCCGAAAACACUGUCACCGGAAUGGAACGAAGCGUUUGACUUCCCUGUCACCGACCUGAAGAAUAUGUAUUUGCAGGUAGAUCUAUGGGAUCGCGACGAUGACGACUCGGUGGGCGACGCAAUCAAGAGAGGCUCCAGCGUUAAAGGCAUUCGAGGCGUGGGAAAGUUUUUCCAGAAUCUUGCGGAGGUGGUCACCACAGGGACAAAGGAUGAUUUCAUGGGACGCUGUUACGUGCCGUUAGAGUCUAUCCAUCAAGGUGGGGUGGAUACCUGGUUUCCGCUGGAGUCGAAGCGCAGCAAGUCUGUUAACGGUUCACUACGCCUUGGCAUGUCAUUCAUUCGAGAUAGCGUCCAGGAUUCUGAACGUGUUGAUCCAGCUUGGUCACCGCUGAAAGUCUAUGAAGUCCUCUACUGGGACUUUGUACGGCAUGAAGUUUAUCGACUGCAACAGAAUAAUGUGUUCCGGUGGAGAGGGAGACUGCCGCGUGUUCCAACGGACAUUCUUGAACUGUUCCGAGUACAGCUGGGUAUCAAUACUGUUCAACAUAUGGCAAGAGAAUGGCAGGUUUUAGCAGAGGCACAGCAGCGUCACGGUGUCAAGUUUUCACGACUCAUUGAGUGCAUCGAUGUACUCUCGGCAGAAUACGCAGAAGCGGAGGCGAAAAACAUUCGCCUCAGUGAGAGCGAGGCCAGUGAUCUCGUUACCAGCAUGGAGUCGUUUGUGAACACGACACUGCAAUUGCUUGGCAAGCAGCGCGACAUCUUUCCGCCAAACUCCACCACCAGUGGCAUGCCCGCAGUGCGCCGACUCUCCAAUCUCCUUGUAUCUCUUUCAGCCGUAUACAAGUUCAAGGGCUUCACCAACUUCUUUCCCAAACGCAACUUGCAAGAAGAUAUCCAGACGACAAUACGGGAGUCAACUUCGAAAUGGCUGGACCAGAUGGAAGCGCGGGCCGCUCAAACUACUACAGGCACUGUGCAGACAUUGCAGCAGUUGACGGCUGUAGUACGGGACAUCAGGAACGACCUAGUCGACGCUGGGCAUUUCUACGACCACCACUAUAAGAAGUAUGAUUGCUUGUAGCAGCUUGUAGCAUUGUUUACUGGGACGUUCAUUCUGUUCGAAAUCAUGGUAACCAAUCCAAUCAAUCCGAAUGGUAGCGACCUCGGCCAUAAUUUUAUAUGGAAGUUGGACGCUCCCACACUGGAGCUCGU